CAUCGACGCCGCGCGCGCUGCCACAGUGCUGCCAUUGAUGUCCCAACCCCACUGGCCGCCCGCCGUUGUCAAUGCCACCCCCCACACUAGCUCGUUAUAUGGUCCAGGUAUAGAACCUGAACGAUGCGGCCAAAGAAGAUGACGGCACGUUUCACACUUGUCCUGGUCCUCGGCACGCUGGUGGCCUGCCUCUCUACCGCCGCCGAGUAUGUCCGGCCUCCGCCGGGCCGGGUCAUCCUCACAGCGCACAACAAACCUGCCUCUCACCCACAGCAGGUGCACGUAUCCCUUGUCGGGGCGAACCAUAUGAGGGUAUCAUGGAUCACGGACGCCAAGCACGGGCAGACCGUGGUGGAGUACGGCAGGGCCUCCCGGAACUACACGGCAUCGGCCACCGGCGACCACACCUCCUACACCUACUUCCUCUACACCUCCGGCAAGAUCCACCACGUCACCAUCGGGCCGCUCGAUCCCGGCACGGUGUACUACUACCGGUGCGGCAUGGCCGGCGACGAGUUCUCCCUCAAGACCCCGCCCGCCGCUCUCCCCAUCGAGCUCGCCCUCGCAGGGGACCUUGGGCAGACCGAAUGGACGGCGUCAACGCUGGCGCACGUGAGCAAGACGGACUACGACGUGCUGCUUGUCCCCGGCGACCUGUCGUACGCCGACACGCAGCAGCCGCUGUGGGACACGUUCGGGCGGUUCGUGGAGAAGCACGCGAGCCGGCGGCCGUGGAUGGUCACCGAGGGGAACCACGAGGUGGAAUCCGCGGCCACGGCGCUCCCUGGCUCGCCGAGCCCGUUCGUCGCGUACAACACGCGGUGGCGGAUGCCGUACGAGGAGAGCGGCUCGCCGUCGGGGCUCUACUACUCCUUCGACGCGGCCGGCGGCGCCGUCCACGUCGUCAUGCUGGGCUCCUACGCGGGCUUCAAUUCGACCUCGGACCAGCACGCGUGGCUGGCGCGCGACCUCGCGGCCGUCGACCGGCGCGCCACACCGUGGCUCGUCGUGCUGCUGCACGCCCCGUGGUACAACACCAACGCGGCGCAUGCCGGGGAGGGCGAGGCCAUGAGGAAGGCCAUGGAGCGCCUGCUCUACGACGCCCGCGUCGACGUCGUCUUCGCCGGCCAUGUCCACGCCUACGAACGAUUCACGAGAGUGCACAACAACGAGGCGAACCCGUGUGGGCCGGUGUACAUCACCAUCGGCGAUGGCGGCAACAGGGAAGGCCUUGCAUUUGAUUUUCAGAAGAACCACAAGCUGGCGCGGCUGUCGAUGAUGAGGGAGGCGAGCUUCGGGCACGGUCGGCUGAGCGUGGUGAAUGCCACCUCGGCGCGUUGGGCCUGGCAUCGUAAUGACGACGCUGACUCCACUGUCCGCGACGAGCUCUGGCUCGAGAGCCUGGCCGCCAACGGCGCGUGCCAAAGGGGCAACCACGCCGCUGAUUCCUGGAGCGAUGAGUUGUAAUUGUAGACUGUCGCGUUACGGGCCUUCAACUUUAGGAGCACGGGUGCACGUACCUGUAGGACCGACGUAUUGUACGUUGCCGAUUUGCAAAGGGACCGGCGUCUUCCCCGGGAAAAAGAAAUGGAAAUCUAACAAGGAAGCAGAGAUCUUUUGCCUGUCAGGUGUCUUUUUAAAACAUACGACCAUAUUCUCUUUCCCCUCCAUUUCCCAAGAUAAAUUAACCAGUUUU